CUCCCUCUGCUCCAGUUCUGACGGCUCACCCCUCUCACCCUUUGGACCCUGGAGCUCCACCCCCCAUGCACCCUGUCUAUCAGCAGCACAUGCACCCAAUGUUUCAAUACCAGCCGUACCCACACAUGCACCCUCACAUGCACGCUCACAUGCACCCUCACAUGCACCCACACAUGCAGCCUCCCCCAGAACAACAAGUGCCACCAGUACAACCAGAAGCAGAAGCAGAGCAGCAGAAACCAGCAGCUGAGGCUCCGCCUGCAGAGACUGAAGCUCCCGCUGAGCCGGAGACUCAGAGUCCAGCUGCUGAACAAAAACCAGUGACAGUCGAGGACGAAGUGAAAGCCCCCUCGACCAAGAAAGCUGCACAGAAGAAAACAAAGGCUGCAGAUUCAGAAAAAGAGGCAGCAGCAGCCGCGCAGACGACAAAGACAGAUGCUUCCAAAGAGAAAACCAAAGCUGGUGCUGCAAAGAAAGAGACACUAGCAAAGAAAGAGAAGACGACAAGUCCUGCAGCGGCUAAGAAAGAGCCAGCUGCAGAGAAAAGCAAAAUGGCUGCUGCUGUAAAGAAAGAGCCAGCUGUGAAGGAGAAGACUAAAAGUCCUGCAGCGGCUAAGAAAGAGCCAGCUGUAAAAGAGAAAACCAAAGCAGCGGCUAAGAAAGAGCCUGCAGCUGCAAGACAGAAGAGGAAACCAGCCUCUGAGAAGACUG